UGCAGCUUCCUCCCUCUCAAAAUUUCCACUCCUUCCACCAACCCCCACCUUCCCCAUCCCGACCGGACCUCCCAGCAAAUGGCCUCGCCGCUCAAAUGCUCCACCGUACUUACUUGCAAAGCCGCGGUGGCAUGGGGGCCAGGCGAGCCCCUUACGUUGGAAGAGGUGGAGGUCGAUCCUCCCCGGGCGAUGGAGUUACGGAUCAAGGUCGUAUGCUCCUCUCUUUGCCGCAGCGAUGUCACCCAGUGGGAAUCGAAGGCCCAGCCUUAUCUGUUUCCUCGAAUAUUUGGACAUGAAGCUUCUGGUGUUGUAGAGAGUGUGGGAGAAGGUGUGACAGAAUUUGAGGUAGGAGAUAAUGUUCUUACAGUGUUCAUCGGAGAAUGUCAGAGCUGCAAUCAUUGUGUUUCUGGAAGAAGUAAUAUGUGCCAGAAGCUCGGAUUGGAGCGUAAAGGUGUCAUGCAUAUUGAUCAAAAAACUCGCUUUUCUAUGAAGGGAAGACCCGUAUUCCAUUACUGUGCUGUGUCAAGUUUUAGUGAGUAUACUGUAGUUCACUCUGGUUGUGCUGUUAAAAUCAGCAAGGAUGCACCAAUGGAUAGGAUAUGCCUCCUCAGCUGUGGAGCAGCGGCCGGAUUUGGAGCAGUUUGGAAAGUUGCUGAUGUAUCUAAAGGUUCAACCGUCGUUAUUUUUGGUUUGGGAACUGUGGGCCUUUCAGUAGCCCAAGCUGCUAAAAUAAGGGGUGCUUCUCAAAUUAUUGGUGUGGAUAAUAAUCCUCAUAAGUUUGAGAUAGGAAAGUCUUUCGGUGUGAUGAGCUUCAUCAAUCCUGAUGACUGUGAUGAGCCAAUCCCACAGGUGAUUAAACGUAUGACAGAUGGAGGAGCAGACUACUCGUUCGAAUGCAUUGGUGAUACAAAAGCAGUAUCUACUGCGUUGCAAUCGUGUUCGGAUGCAUGGGGAAUAACGGUAACUUUAGGGGUGCCAAAAUCAAAUCCUGAAGUUUCAUUACAUUAUGCGCAGUUACUUUCUGGAAAAACUCUGAAGGGCUCUCUCUUUGGAGGAUGGAGACCAAAAACAGAUCUUCCAUCAUUGGUCCAGAAAUAUAUGGACAAGGAAAUUCAUCUUGAAGGCUUAGUCACACACGACAUUAUGAUUGACAACAUCAAUGAAGCUUUCAAUCUAAUGAAAGAAGGCAAGUGUUUGCGAUGUGUUAUUCACAUGCAAAAAUAAUUAAAUUUAAAUUCAAUGUACUGAAGGUUCCAAUACUAAGUUGGAAUCAGUUUAUUGGAUUAUAUCUUUUGCUGA